UUCGGACUUCCCAACACUGUCCGACUGCUCCCAUAAGCCCUAUAUAUUACUAGCGCAACAAGCUUUACCUUCAAUGAACGCAGGGAAGAGGCGCGAUUGGCUGAGAACAGCAUCGCUCACACACAAAACCGAGGAUCAAGCCUGACCAUCAGGACAACAGAUCAGCAGAUCAAACUCACACGGACAUCCUCGUACAUUUUGCGCAAGGACUGUGAUAUUUGCUGCAUGAAUAUCGAUCUUUGGAAACGUGCAUUUGGACUAUUCUUUUUGAGCACAUCAAAGUGACAUCUUGUUUAAAUUUCCCCUUUAUUCUUCUAGCUCUCUUUGCCUUAUUUUGGUGGUCCAUGUGAUGCUCUCCCUCUCAAGAGACAAGAGUUUGGAAACGCAUUCAGCACUGAUAUACUACACCUAAAUCUGCUUCAAUAGUACUGUACAUCCAGCAUGGAUCGCUGUCAACGACUGUUUAUCCUCCUGUUGGGAUGGGGUUAUCUGUUCUGUGGAUACUGUGCUGUGCUUAAAACACCCUUUAUGGGUUUCUCAAAAGACGUGCAAUUUGGACAAAAAGUGGAAGCCCAAGAUAAGCAGCAUGCAAAGAAAACCGAGCAGGACACGCUGUCAGAACACAUGCAGAUGCUCUACGCCAAAUACACCAGCGCGGGAUUCCCUCUCAAAGAUGGGAACACUGUCCGCAGCUUCAAAGGACAUUUGGGGACCAUAAAUGAUAAGCAGUUACAAAUCUUCAACCUCACUUCCCUCACCAAAUCUGAGGAUGUUCUCUCAGCAACGCUGCACUACUACAUUGGUGACCUGCAGAACAGCAGCCACAGAUGCCCAAGGCACAAGAGUUGUGCUCACCAUAAUCUCAGAAGACAAGGUCAUAUUCACCUUGAUGUCUGGAGUUUCAGCUUUGUGGAUAACACCACUAGAACAAUCGGCCAUUUUUCCAUUAACAUCUCCACAAUGUACCGGGAUUUCAUAUCAUGGCAGUGGAAAGACAUUACUCGUGUAGUCAACCAAGCCAAGCAUCACGACCAGCUUCUCAUAGGCAUUGACAUUGACUCAAAAGGACAGCAACCUUGGAAGAAACUCUUGUCAGAUAGGUCUCCUUACAUUCUGGUCUACGCCAACGACUCAGCUAUCUCCGAACCCGAAAGUGUCGUGUCCACCUUGCAGAGACACAGAAGCAGACUGGUGCCUAAUCUUCAUAUGCUCGAAAUACAUAAUCGCAGUGCCUCCUCGCAACAUCGGACCAGACGGUCCACCAACAUCCUGCUGCCGCUACAAAACAAUGAGCUUCCAGGCCCCGAGUACCCUUAUGAGAUACCUACAUGGGAUGAGACCAGCCCGUAUGAUCCAAUGGAGAGCAAACCAGUCAAGCGCCCUCGCAAGAAACCUCGCAAGAAUCCACGGCACAAGAACCCUCUCCUGCAGUUUGAUGAGCAGACCAUUAAGAAAGCACGUAAGAAGCAAUGGAACGAGCCGAGGAACUGUGCUCGCAGAUAUUUAAAGGUUGAUUUUGCAGAUAUCGGCUGGAGCGAGUGGAUUAUCUCCCCCAAGUCUUUUGAUGCGUACUACUGCUCGGGGUCAUGUCAGUUCCCAAUGCCAAAGUCAUUGAAACCUUCAAACCACGCUACCAUCCAGAGCAUCGUGCGGGCGGUCGGGGUGGUCCCAGGCAUCCCAGAGCCAUGCUGUGUACCGGAGAAGAUGUCUUCCCUCAGCAUCCUCUUCUUUGAUGAAGACAAGAACGUGGUCCUUAAAGUCUACCCCAAUAUGACAGUGGACUCCUGUGCCUGUCGGUAAAUGCUUUGGUCUUUUCCACCAGCCUCCUUCCCCUAAACUGAUUCCCAAUUUUUGCACUGGAAGAAAGACUGAAGAUGUUCAUUUCAUAACCCUUGAAGAACUAUCUACAGCUUUAAGGAUUGUGAAGAGCAAAGUGCUUUUCCAGAAGGAAUUCCUUCCUGUUAGCAGGAGGCGUCAUGCAUCAGUUGAGAUAUGAACAUAUGAAGAGACUCUCUGUCUGUGUUUGACCAGAAUGUUCUCAUGUUUCUAUAACCUCAGCAGUUAAGCAUACAGGGCAGGGGACAAAUAUUUGCUGUCAUCCAUCAUGUUUCUGUACAGUUUGUAUAAUCUGUCAUUAUUAUAGCUAUAUUUUUGCUACAGAGGCAUUGAUUGACUCUCAAUGUUCAUAUUCUAUGGCUGCUAUAAAGUGGACUUUUGGGGGGGGGGGGGAAGAAAAGGAAUCUCUUUUUGUUACAUUUGUCAAAAAAUUGAAUUAUAUUAAAAUGAUUACCUAUAUAAGUUACAUAAAGUUCAUAUUCAGUUUUCCACAUUAAGCUUAAAACUGUUUAAUUUCUGGGUGACUCUGUUUUUGAAUGUCUUCAAUCCUCGUAAAAUACAUAUAUAUAUAUAUAUAUUUAUUUUCUCCAAGAAGGUGCAUUGUUACAAGCCUACAUGUAAUAGUGCUACAUCGCAUUUUGUAAACAAUUUCUUUUAUCGGGCUUUUUUUAAUAUACUUGCAUUUGUAAAUAUGUUCAAUGAUGUUUCCGUCUGACCUACUAAUACAAGGUUGCAUCCUCACAUUUAGCUGAAUUCAAAAUGUAUAUGCACGCAUUCUGUUACAGUAAUUUUUUUUCUGUCAUUCCUCUGAAAACUGCAAGUAGUGUCAAGAAACCAGAUGUUAUUUUAUGAGCAAUUUUUCAAAUAUAUUCAGUAAGGUGAUUAUGAAAAUUGUAUGUAGAUUAUUUAGCCUUUGUCUCUUUAACACAGCAAUGCCUAUAUAAAGUGCCUUACUACAUUAAAAGGUUAAUCAUACAUUAAAUAAAAUAAAUAUACUAUUAGAGUAUUUAUAUUUCACAAAGAUGAGUGUAACAUGUAAUGUCUUAUUUUGGCAGAAUAUUUUGUCUAUCAGUUUAUUUGGAUAAAAUGUGAUAUUUUGUUCCAAUAUUUUUUCUGUAUACAUUUUGUACUGUUUUUACUUUGAAAUUAGCAUAGAACUAAAGCAAUGACAUAUCACAAGCUGCAUGUUCAUAAUGGGGUGUGUUCUAGUCUGAUUUUUUUUUUUUUUUUUUUUGACAGAGAAAUGAACAUGUAAAAGUUGGCUAUUAUCUUAAUAUAUAAUACAUACGUCAAGACACACUAUGUAAAGCACUCCUUUAGCAUUUGUGUAAUAUAUUUUUGGAAGGCUUCCACCACACUGUGUGUUUUGUAAAUGUUAUGCUGUAGGUGAAAGGAUGUGCUUUGUAUGAUAAGCUUCAUAAGAAAUUAUAUUUGUAUAUGGAAAUGACCUUUAAAAGCAUUUAUUUAUUGUCUGUA